AUGUCAACUUAUAAAUUAUACUAUUUUAACGGUCGUGGACGAGCAGAAAUAAUACGUUUAAUCUUCGCUCAAGCUGGUCAAAAAUACGAAGAUAUUCGUUAUGAACAUGCCGACUGGCCUAAUCACAAACAUGAAAUGCCAUUGGGACAAAUGCCCGUCCUAGAAGUCGAUGGACAAAAAAUUCCACAAUCAAUGACAAUUGCUCGUUUUCUUGCCAAACAAUUUAAUUUAGCUGGUAAAAAUAAUUUGGAACAAGCCAAAGUUGAUAGUGUCAUUGAUACAAUCGGUGAUUUAAUGCAAAUAUUUCUGAAAGUAAUAUUCCACGAAAAAGAUGAAAGUAAAAAAGAAGAAGGAAAAAAUUGA